AGGGUUUUGGUGAAAGGCUCAACGAACCAGUGGGAGUUUGGGAGACAGGAAUAUCGAACAAAUAAAAAAAAACUGAUUAAGUAAGUGGGGAAUCAUCUAUUUUUGGUUUUGUAUAUAGAUUAAAACUUGAGGGAACAUUAUUGGAAUUUGAUUUGUUUAUUCACCCUUUAUCGACAAAAGUAUAGAUUACCAAUAUUAAGUGGUUUCCUAAUAUUACAUAUUAAUUAUUGGUGUGUCGUUGAUCAUCAAUUAUAUCCGUUGUUGAAAUAAUUUAAUUUUGUAAAAAAUCAAAUCAAUAUCGAUGAGUGUGAACACGCGAGUUUAUUCAGUAUCGAGGGUAUUUGCUGAGGUCAAUAGUAAAAAGCCAAGUGAUUACUGGGAUUAUGAGAAUCACAAGAUUCAAUGGGGAGAUAUUAAGAAUUAUGAGAUAUUAAGUAAGAUAGGUAGAGGAAAGUAUAGUGAAGUAUUUCAAGGGGUUAAUGUAAUAAAUGAUGAACCAUGUGUAAUAAAAGUAUUAAAACCUGUCAAAUUGAAGAAGAUAUAUCGUGAAGUUAAAAUAUUACAAAAUUUAACCGGAGGUCCAAAUGUUGUUGGAUUAUUGGAUAUUGUAAGGGACGAACAACUGAAAAUUCCUGCUUUAAUCUUUGAAAAAAUUAACAAUGUAGACUUUAGAGUCUUAUAUCCUAAAUUCACUAUUAGUGAUAUUCAAUAUUAUUUUACUCAACUUUUAAUUGCAUUAGAUUAUAGUCAUUCAAUGGGUAUUAUACAUCGUGAUGUUAAACCUCAAAACAUCAUGAUUGAUCCCUUAUCUAAAAAAUUAAGAUUAAUUGAUUGGGGGUUGGCUGAAUUUUAUCAUAAGGGAAUGGAUUAUAAUGUUAGAGUUGCAUCAAGAUAUCAUAAGGGACCUGAAUUAUUAAUUAAUUUACAACAAUAUGAUUAUUCUUUAGAUCUUUGGUCAGUUGGUUGUAUGUUGGCUGCUAUAAUAUUUAAAAAGGAACCAUUUUUCAGAGGUGAUUCAAAUAAUGAUCAAUUAGUUCAAAUUGCUAAAGUAUUAGGUACUGAUGAUUUAAUGCUUUAUCUUUCAAAAUAUGGUUUAUCAUUAAGUUCAGAAUAUGAUGAUAUUUUAGGUAAAUAUCCAAGAAAACCAUGGAAAGCAUUUGUAAAUAAGGAAAACAAACAUUUAGUAAGUCCUGAAGUCAUAGAUUUGAUUGAUAAAUUGUUAACUUACGAUCAUCAAUUAAGACCAACCGCAAGAGAAGCUAUGGAUCAUCCGUUCUUCUCUUUAAAACCAUAAGAUUGGUGCAUAAUGGUAAUUCAUUUCCAAUAACUCCAUUUAAUAAUCUUUCCAACACUGCAUUCAUUACUUCAUCUUUGUAUUUUGUUUUUGUUGUUUUGCUUUCUUUGUUAUAAUGAUUUUUAUAAUUGAUAUUUUAUUCUUUAAUUCAAGGAACAUCUU